AUGCGAUCACGUGAUGAUCUUCAUUUAAACGUCCGAGUAUUUAAAGGCAUACAUGCACCUAGCAAUGGCUGUGUGCGGCACAUUUUUUCUCUCUAUUCUAACUGGGAUCUCAAUUUAGUGGGCACAAUCAGACGUUGCAUAACCUUCUUGAACAGCCUGGAUCAUAAUUUCGCGCAUACCUCUCCGCAGUCUCUCCUCUACACUGCUCCUGCUACUCCUCGUCAACAAAAAAUGUCAGGCGCCACAGAAAACACGGUGUAUGUUGUCACCGGCUCCAAUCGAAACAUUGGGCUCGGCAUCGUGAAAACACUACUUGCCCGUCCCCAACACACGGUAGUUGCUACGGUUCGUAGCGAGGAAGCCAAAACCUCACUGGAAGACGAGGCCAAAAGCGUUCCGAAAGGGACAGGCAGCAAGCUUGAAAUCAUAAAAUACGACUUCUCUACAGCCGUUCCUCCGGACCAAGUCAAAAGCACAUUUGCGAAGUUGAACAUUGGGCACAUUGACGUUCUAGUGCUCAACGCAGGCGGGGCGCUGCCACUGGUCCAGCCGAGCAAAACCAAAGCCGAAGACAUGCGGGCAGCUUUUGAGGUCAACUCUAUCGCGCCUCUGCUCGUCUUUCAAGGACUGAAAUCAUAUCUGCUGCAGUCCAAAUCGACUCCGAAAGUCAUUUCGGUCACCUCUGCGGUCGGGAGCAUUGGCGGCAUGGAUCCAUUUGGUGGCGGCGGCUACGGCCCAAGCCGAGCGGCACAGAACUGGGUGGCGCGCUCCAUCCAUCUCGAGUUCAACGGCACAAAGGGCGACACACGUCUCAUUUGCAUUGCUUUGCAUCCAGGAUGGGUACAAACAGAAACUGGGCAGUUUGCUGUCGAUCAAUGGCAGUCCGCGUUCAAGGCCAUCGACUACAAGAUCGAGAUGCCCCCGACCAAACUUGAGGACAGCGUUUCCGGCAUCAUCAAAGUCAUUGACGACGCUACGGCGGAGCAUUCAGGGAAAUUCCUUACUUUCGAAGGCAAGACUUUACCGUGGUGAAUUAUUGCCUGUACAUUGGAAAGGGCCGAUGUUCUCCAGCCUUAUUUGGGCGCUGAACACGACAUGAUUUUCACCAAAACACAAAUGUUCCUUUGCAUCACAGUUGUCACAGUACUACACCCCAAUGCAUCUAUAUUGCUCUACCACCAAAACCUCCCAUAUUCUUAUCACAUAGAAUAUUCAAGUUGACAGCCGAUCUGUAAAAAACGUUUAUGGUGAAAUGAAAGGCUGUGAGUGGUCUGUUCGUGAUGGCCAUGUACCGGGCCAUGUUGAACUGCCGCACACUUGCAUCUCCAGCUGCAUGCUCGUUAUUUCUCACCGUAAAAUUCGCAACGCAAAUCUCGCAGCAUUGUUUAAGAUAUUUGACAUAAUCAGCGCAUUAGAUGCGCAUACACUAACAGACAGUACCGAAACACGAUGAGCCACUUCCGAGACUGAGAACAACAAAAGCACAGGUCACAUGAUGUUGCUCACCACAUCUCACCACAUCUCACCACACUUUGCGUCAUAGUACCAGUGACCCAUGUAAACCCUGCUUUUCAACUACAUUGAGUUGUGACAAUCAAUUCAGCCCCACAUCAUCUGGAAUACAUUACUGCAUUUCAUGCAUAUCAUGCCGAGGCUGCAGCGAUUGAUCAGCUACAGCGCGUAACGCAAGAUGAUACCGAGAUAGGCGGUUGGUAAAUGCAUUUUGAGUUAUGCUGAACGAGUGUAACUGGCUUGACACUCAGUCCAAGAAUAUAUGCGUAAACUGCAGCGCGACGCAUCGACAAUCCUUUCCAUGCAGCUAUUGUUAGAUCGAAAUGACUAGCAUUUUUUCUCUGAAGGGCAAAAACGCCGCCAUCACAGGUGCCGGAGGGUGCGUUGUCCCUCCUUUCCAAAUGCUUUAACGGGAACAUGCGACAACGAAGUCGUGUUUCGCGAGAACACGGAAAAUGAAGUAUCCUUGACUGAAAACGCGGCACAGGACCAUCGGUACUCAUAUCGCCAUCAGCUUUGCUGAAGCCGGUGCGAG